AUGACCUUCCGCGUCGACGUUGUCUGCUCGCCAGAGCCUGAAGGGGACGGGUGCCCCGAGGAUGUCAUUUCGGAACUGCUCGAGCUGCUCCAGCCCGUACAUUCGCUCAAGCACCUCCGCUUCCUCGGAUUCCUCAGCUUCGGAUGGGAUCCAACAGACCCUUCCCUACCACUUUCGGCCUAUCACUAUCAAACCUUCCUGGACUUCCUCAGCAUCUUCCCCAACCUCCGCAUUCUGAACCUCUGCGGAUACGCUCCUCUCGAUGACAAGGCGGACGAGAUAACGCCCAUCCAGCCCGGCGGCACAAGCACUUUCCUCAAGAGAUAUCCCCAUCUGGAUCUGUUGCUCCAGGGUAUGACGGACAGCAAGGUUGUCAAGGUGUUCUACCGCACGGACUAUGUGAGCGAGCGCGAGUUGCGGCUCAGGCGUGAAGGCCCGCGCAAGGAGUGGGAGGGCGAGUGGUGGAACUUGUAG